GACUCCGCAGCCGGGAUCGUGGGUUCUUCAGAAGGCUAUCUGUCGACUUUAUGUGUAUACAGCUGAAAAGGUCAACACUUUAAGUUCUCAGGCUCGUUCAAGUAAAAUGAAAUUCACUCACCAUGCUUCGGCCCGUUUGCUCUGAACCGGUUCAGUCGGCUUGACUGCACAGACUCCAUUUAACGGCAGCUUUGGUGUGCUGACUUGAUCUUGUCUGCACGUAUUCCUCAGUAAAUCAUCAGGAUUACCUUUUCCUUAAUAAACUUCACAUUUCCUGAGUGAAUGACAGGAAAAUGUUUAAUGGGAAGGCCAAGCACCGGCAAUGCCUGAGUCCAGAACAGAAAGAAAACCUAACUUCAGUAUUUUACUGGAAUCUGAGUUAAGAAAUAGGGGUCACAGAACUAACAGCAAACAACGGCUGAGUAACAUCAGAAUGAAAAGAGAAAUGAUGAACCUGGAUUUGCAGCCUGACCUAUUACGAAAUGUGACUAAUGGAGCUACGAGUCACUCAUUAAAAAAUCCUCUAGAGUUUAAAACAAAAGGAACAAUUUGUUCAGAGGAUAAUCAAUGCUUACAGUGGAGGAACAAUGACAAGUUCUGAGUGGACCCUGACGGGCCGAGCGGCGGGACCUAGCCUGAGCUGAGUGUGACUCGUCUCUGACUUCAGGCAAGUGCUUCCCAAGAUGGCCUGCACACUGUCUGUGGCCAAGUUCCUUUCAACGGGGAGAAUGGGGAAGCUGUUCCGUUUCUUCCUUCUUACCACUGUGCUGCUAAUGGGCAGGGAAAGCUGGGCUCUCGACAACUGUCUCCAGGAGCAGGCGCGUCUCAGAGCCCAGGUGCACCUGCUUGAGACCCGGGUCAAACAGCAACAGGUCAAGAUCGAGCAGCUUUUGCAUGAGAAGGAAAUCCAGUUCCUGGAUCAAGGAGAGGAGAGCAGUGUCAUUGACCUUGGAGGCAAGAGGCAAUAUGCAGAUUGUUCGGAAAUUUUCAAUGAUGGCCAUCAGAUCAGUGGAUUUUUCAAAAUCAAGCCUCAUCAGAGCCCAGCAGAAUUCUCUGUUUAUUGCGACAUGUCUGAUGGAGGAGGUUGGACUGUAAUUCAGAGACGCUCUGAUGGCAGUGAGAACUUUAACAGAGACUGGAAUGACUACGAAAAUGGCUUUGGAAAUUUUGUCCAAAACAAUGGUGAAUAUUGGCUGGGUAAUAAAAAUCUUCACUUAUUAACCACACAAGGAGACUACACUUUAAAAAUCGACCUUUCAGAUUUUGAAAAAAAUAGCUGUUACGCCCAAUACAAAAGUUUCAAAGUUGGAGACAAAAAGAAUUCCUAUGAGUUGAAUGUCGGGGAAUAUUCUGGAACAGCUGGAGACUCGCUUGCAGUAAAAUUCAAUCCAGAGGUGCAAUGGUGGGGUAGUCACCAAAGAAUGAAAUUCAGCACAUGGGACAGAGACCACGACAACUACGAAGGGAACUGUGCGGAGGAAGAUCAGUCUGGCUGGUGGUUUAACAGGUGUCACUCUGCAAACCUGAAUGGUUUAUACUACAGGGGCCCCUACAGCAAUAAAACAGACAAUGGGAUUGUCUGGCACACCUGGCAUGGAUGGUGGUAUUCUUUGAAAUCUGUGGUUAUGAAAGUUAGGCCAAAUGACUUUAUUUCAAAUAUUGUUUAAUUAUUCCCUUUGGGCUUUUAUUUCUGCAAUUCAUCUUGGUUUAAAGUGAUUUGAAAAAUACCAAUUCUGAACAUAUACAUGUGUGAUGAUGGUAAUUGUUAUGUGUACUACUUUUCAUUGUUACUUGCCUCUGUUACUUAAUGUACAGCAAUUAUAUGAUAUUCAUCAAAUAAAUGUAGAUUAUGUUAAUA